AUGCCCGACGACCACCGAGAGUCUGGCCACGACCACCCCGUCGAGGUGGAGGAUCUCCAGAGACACUACCAGAUCAAGCUGAUCAAGCUACACCCCAUUGAGAAUGCAAUCUUCAUUGCUAAGUUCUUCAUUGUGGGUCUCUACUUCUACUACACAUUCAAGAUUGACUACCAGUACUACGUUGCGUCGUACGGCUGGGAAUUGGCGGCUCCAAUUGGUGCGCUAGCCCUUGAAUGGAUCACCUAUCCUGUUGCCUUCGUGCUGCAAUAUACCCAGGAGACUGGUCGACAGAAGUACCAGUACAUUCGACUGGCAGCCAGUGUGGUGGCUUGGAUUAUUCGAUUCACCUUCUACGGUAGAUACGAAGUUAGACGCGAGGUUUUCAUUGUUGUUGCUGUGGCCAUUUCCUCCAUUAUUCUGUGGUUUGCAAAGUGGCGAGUUGCUCUCCACCAGCGAGCCAUUCAGCGUUCUUUUAACAGAGCCGUUGAUGUUGAUCCUGAGCAACAAUAA